AAAAGAUUAGCACUGCUUGCAGCCCAACAAUGGGGUGGUUACUGGCUGGGGCCAGCUGAACAUUUCUCUAAAUACCCUGAAGUUAAGCCAGAAAAAAGGUCAGAAACAAUCACUCCAGGGCUUCCCCUCCUGGGAUCUUCUGGGCACCUCCAAGUCUUUGCCUUUUCACAAAAAAAAUGUAUUCCAACAGCUCUCCCAUCUGUAUGAUCUACAAAGACCUGGAGCCAUUUACAUAUUUCUUCUACUUGAUCUUCCUCGUUGGAAUUAUUGGGAGCUGUUUUGCAGUCUGGGCGUUCACCCAGAAAGACGCAAACCCCAAGUGUGUGAGCAUAUACUUAAUUAACUUGCUCACGGCAGAUUUCUUGCUCACUCUAGCACUGCCAGUGAAAAUUACUGUCGACUUAGGGGUGGCCCCAUGGAAGCUAAAGAUUUUCCACUGCCAAGUGACCGCCUGCCUAAUCUACAUCAACAUGUACUUAUCGAUUAUAUUUUUAGCCUUUGUCAGCAUGGAUCGCUGUCUUCAGUUGACACACAGCUGCAAAAUUUACAGGAUACAGGAGCCUGGCUUUGCUAAAAUGAUCUCCACGGUGGUAUGGCUGAUGGUUCUCCUGAUAAUGGUACCCAACAUGGUGAUUCCCAUUAAUGACAUUCAAGAGAAGCCAAUAGUGGGCUGCAUGGAAUUCAAAAAGGAGUUUGGGAGGAACUGGCACGUAUUUACUAAUUUCAUAUGUGUGGCAAUAUUCCUAAACUUCUCAGCAAUCAUUUUAAUAUCCAACUGCCUUGUCAUCAGACAGCUCUACCGAAAAAAAGACAGUGAGAACUAUGCAAACGUGAAACGGGCUCUGAUCAAUAUACUGCUGAUAACUGGCAGCUACAUUAUCUGUUUUGUUCCUUACCACAUUGUUAGGAUCCCCUACACUCUCAGCCAGAGCAAUGUCAUAACAGACUGCCCAACCAAGAUCUCGCUCUUUAAAGCUAAGGAAGCAACUUUACUGCUAGCAGUAUCAAACCUAUGUUUCGACCCUAUUCUAUACUAUAACCUCUCGAAAGCAUUCCGGUUAAAAGUGACUGAGACCUUUGCAUCGCAUAGGGAGACAAGUGACCAACAAGAAAAACCAAGGCAUGCAAGUGAACUAUAAGGGAACCACAUUUUUGAGUUCUCACAAAUACAGACUGGAAAAUCCACGUGGGAAGGAGCAAAAAGCAUUUGCCUGACAAAACCAGUAGACUAGUGUUAACUUUAGCCAUCACUCAGUAGCAAUACCAAAUCAAACAAACGAGGAUCCCUCGGUCUGCAGACACUGCCUGUAAAGAAAGCAAACCAGCUUGUGAUUGCUCAUACGCCUUAACCAAAAUAUUUAUACAAAAACCCAGCAAGUUGUGGGGAAUAACAGAUGCAAAACAAAACAAUACCCUUGGCAUCUAAACGAGGUUUAUGAAACAGGCUCAAUGAAUUAGUUGGAAAUUGAUGGUGUCUGAAAUAGUUUUAAGACUCCUGGAAUGGCCUUCUCAUUUAAAGUGACCAGAAUAGUCUCAAUAAAAGUACCUGAGACAUACUAGUGGAAUAGACCUGGAAGAGAACCAAAGUAACCAAUCCAAAUAGUUCCAGUAUUACCUUCAAACCAUCAAUGGCUGGUUUUUCUAUCUAUUAUUCCAAUGAGAGCAGUUUCAGAACUCCCCAGACUAUGGGGUAAUUUUCAGAAUUUCAUGUGUAUUUCUACAUAAUCCUUAAAGAAAAAAAAAUUUCGAAGGGGGCCUGGAGAUAUAGUAAUUUGAUUUUUAAUAGUCUUAGUUGAUUAUAUUCUACCUUAAGGCUGCAAAUAAAGUUUGUCCAGCUUUAAUAACAGUCAACCAUAUUAUUUUGCUAUUUGUGGCAAGUGAAAAUGGUACAGUCAUUGGCUCUGCUAUCAGAGCACCUGGGUUAAAAUUCCAUGUCAGACCUCAACUUUCUGUGAGAUCUUGGGAGACUCACUUUACCUUUCUGAACCUCAGAAAUGAAGGGACUAGAUUUGAUGGCUUCAGAGGUUCCUAAAUGUAGACUUACGGUUUUAUAAGCCAAAGAAAAAUGAUAACCACAAAAUGCUAUCAAAACAACAUCAUCACAAAACUUAACAUUGUAGAUAAGUCUGAAAAUCACAAAUACUAUAAUAGCAUUUCAAGAAAAAAUAAUCAAUUUUCUGACCCUUGGUUUCUAAAAAUAGGACCAGGAGUGAUAGUGUUUGUCCAAUUGUAGAAGAGUCUUAACCCACAGAAUAUGUUACAAAUUACAGAAUGCUAGCAGUGGGAAAUGGCUUUUUCAGGCUAUGCAGAUGCUAUAAACCAUAUGGUAUUCCUUAACAGUACACUGGGAAGUUGGAAAUAUUGGCAUUCAGAGUAAAGGGACAAGUUCCUUUAUACUGUUCUCAUUGACGUUUCAGUACUCACAUCUUCCUUGUCACAAAAAACACUUUCUCAGGUAGCUCACAGAUUCGGAACUAGAAGACACUUUAGAGAUCGUCUUGUCUUAUACCCUCAUUUUAUAGAUGAGGGAACUAAGAGCCAGAAAGACUGAGUGAAUUGUCAAAGGUCACCAAGGGAGAAAAACAAUGGGGCUGGGAUUGGAGCCCAGACUCUCUGAGUCCAAAUACAGUAUUCUUUAACAUAAGGUCCUGUGCUGGCUGCUGUAGACCAUCUCCACUUCAAAAAAUGGAAGGAGUCAACAGAUUACAUCAAAUUAGAAGAGCAUUGGAAAUGGGUAGAUGGACUAAAAUGAGGGGUAAGGAAAUGGGAAAAUUUGAGGGAUAAUAAUGUUAAACCUGAAGAAAAGAAGACCACAGUUAUUAAAACAGAUUUGUUUCUUUUAGGGGUAGGUAGCUUGGCAUCUGUGUGCACAUCACAUGUAUCUGUACAUACACAUACACACACACACCCUGUGACAAUGGAUUACAUCGUGGAUUCUUGCCACUGGACAGCUAUUUCUCAAAUAUUUGUACAAAUAAUCAGAGGAUAAAUCAUAGAAGAAAACAUGGACUUCUCCAUGUAAAGCAUCUGCAUAAAAAUUCAAUUUUU